UCUCCGCCAAUCCCCCGUCUGGACCUCUGGCCCAGUCUGAACCGCUCCGACAGAGGGAGGAUCACUCACCGAUCUGCCCAAUAAACUCGAUCUUGAUGCCCUGGUGCUCCAGUCGCUUGUUGGGGUUCUUGAGCGCAAGGCUCACCUUCCCGGAGACCGUCUCCCCGUCGUAGAAGAGGAAAUAUUUCUCUUUCUUCCCGUCCUCCGUCUUGUGCUCGGCUCGCUUCCUACUCUCCGCAUCGUUCAGCAGGAUUUCAACCUCUACGCUCUGCCCAAAGCCGAAGAAGCUCAUCUCACCGCCAGACAGGGCAGAUCUUGAUGAUUGGUUGAGAGAACGAAAGUGACCCCGCCUGGCGAACGUUCGGUUGGAAAUUCCAUACUUGCUGAUUGGUCCGCAAGAACGUCUCGGAGCGCGCGCGGGAGCGAGCUUUGAAAGUUGGUUACGGCGGUGGCGAGCCGGUGUCUCAGUGAUUAUGGUGGCGCUGCGGGGCCUUGGGAGCGGCCUGCAACCCUGGUGCCCGCUGGAUCUCAGCCUCGAAUGGGUGGACACCGUGUGGGAACUGGACUUCACAGAGACUGAACCAUUGGAUUCCAGCAUAGAAGCAGAGAUUAUAGAGACUGGAUUGAAUGCCUUCACAAAACUCUAUGAAAGUCUUUUCCCCUUUGCUACUGAAGAACAUGACUCUUCAGAGAGCAUUUGGACAUUCUUCAUCGAGAACAAUAUUUCCCAUAGUACACUGGUGGCAUUAUUCUAUCACUUUGUUCAAAUAGUUCAUUCGAAAAAUGUCAAUGUACAAUAUCGAGAAUAUGGCCUUCAUGCUGCAGGGCUUUAUUUUUUGCUAUUAGAAGUACCAGGCAGUGUAGCCAAUCAAGUAUUCCACCCAGUAAUGUUUGACAAGUGCAUUCAGAUACUAAAGAAGAGCUGGCCUCAGGAAUCUAACUUGAAUCGAAAAAGAAAGAAAGAGCAGCCUAAGAGCACCCAUGGUAAUCCAAGGGGGAACAGAAAAAGAGGAAAACCACUCAGGAAAGAAGAUACUGAGAUGGAUGAAAUCAUAGAAGAAGAAGAUGAUGAAGAGAAUAUUUGUUAUUCUGCCCGGGACCUUUCUCAAAUCCGAAAUGCCAUCUUCCACCUUUUGAAGAAUUUUUUAAGACUUCUGCCCAAGUUUUCCCUCAAAGAAAAACCACAAUGUGUACAGACUUGUAUAGAGGUCUUCGUUACGUUAACUAAUUUUGAACCAGUUCUUCAUGAAUUUAAUGUUACACAAGCCAGAAAUCUUAAUGAAGCAAAGUACAUGCCAGAACUGGCUUAUCGUGGAUUGUAUUUGCUGUGUUCCCCAAUUCAUGGAGAAGGAGAUAAGGUUAUUGGUUGCAUUUUCCAUCAAUUGCUAAAUGUAAUAUUGAUGUUGGAAGUAGAAGGAUCCCAUCGUGCCCCCCUUACUAUCACAUCACAAGUCAUUAAUCGUAGAAACCAGGCAGUCCAGUUUAUUAGCUCGCUUGUGGAUGAACUGAAAGAAAGUAUAUUUCCAGUCCUUCGUAUUUUACUGCAGCACAUCUGUGCCAAGGUAAUAGAUAAAUCAGAGUAUCGUACUUCUGCAGCACAGUCUCUGGUUCAGCUGCUCAGUAAACUUCCUUCUGGGGAAUAUGCUACAUUCAUCGCUUGGCUUUACAAAUAUUCACGAAGUUCCAAGAUUCCACAUCGAGUUUUUACUCUUGAUGUUGUCUUGGCUCUCUUAGAGCUGCCUGAAAGAGAGAUGGAUGGUACCCUCUCUUUGGAGCAUCAGAAGUUCCUUAAGCACAAAUUCUUGGUGCAGGAAAUUAUGUUUGAUCGUUGUUUAGACAAGGCACCUACUGUCCGCAGCAAGGCACUGUCCAGCUUUGCACAUUGUUUGGAGUUGUCUAUUAGCAGUGCAUCGGAGAGUGUGUUGGAACUCCUCGUUAAUAGUCCGAUAGUUUCAGGAAUAGGGAUUCACCCUGGUACCUUACUGAGAAAUUCAUCAGCUUUGUCCUACCAGAGACAGAUGUUUAACCCGUCUGAACCCCCAGGGGAGAUCAACAUAGACAAUAGUGGUGAAGUAGUUGGAUCUAGGGAAAGAUGUGUUAUGGCAAUGUUGAGAAAGAGAAUCAGGGAUGAGAAGACAAAUGUCAGGAAGUCUGCCGUCCAGGUAUUAGUGAAUAUUUUGAAACACUGUGACAUCUUGAGUAUGGAGGAGGACUUAUCAAUUUUACAGGACCACUGUCGGGACCCUGCAGUAUCUGUCCGGAAGCAGGCCCUACAAUCUCUUACUGAACUUCUUAUGGCCCAACCUAGAUGUGUCCUGAUCCAGAAAACCUGGCUGAUGGGGGUCAUCCCAGUGGUGAUGGACUGUGAGAGCACUGUGCAGGAGAAGGCUCUAGAGUGCCUGGACCAGCUCCUGUUGCAGAACAUAAAGCAUCACAGUAAAUUUCAUGGGGGGGAUGACAACCAGGUACUCGCUUGGUCACUUCUUGCCCUCCUCACUACAGAAAGCCAGGAAUUGAGCCGCUACCUAAAUAAGGCUUUUCAUAUCUGGUCCAAGAAAGAUAAAUUCUCAUCCACUUUUAUAAACAAUAUGAUAUCUCACACUGGCACAGAACAUUCUGCACCAGCCUGGAUGCUGCUUUCCAAAAUUGCUUGCUCAUCACCCAAGCUGGACUACACCAAAAUAAUGCAGUCCUGGGAGAAAAUCAGCAGUCAGCAAAAUCCCAAUUCAAAUACCUUAGGACAUAUCCUGUGCGUCAUUGGGCAUAUUGCAAAGCAUCUUCCUAAGAGCACCCGGGACAAGGUGAUUGAUGUUGUCAAGUGUAAGCUGAAUGGAUUUCAGUGGUCUCUAGAGCUGAUCAGUUCAGCUGUUGACACUUUGCAAAGACUUUGUAGAGCAUCUGCAAAGACACCAGUGGAGGAACAGGAACUACUAAAGCAGGUGUGUGGGAAUGUGCUCUCCACCUGCGAGUACCACCUCUCCAACAUUGUUCUGAAGGAGAAUGGGGCAGGGAACAUGGAUGAAGACCUGUUGGUGAAGUACAUUUUUACUUUGGGAGAUAUAGCCCAGCUAUGUCCGGCCAAAGUGGAGAAACGAGUAUUCCUUCUGAUUCAGUCCAUUCUGGCUUCUUCUGCUGACGUGGAUCACUUACCGUCAUCUCAAGGUACCAGUGAUGCCCCAGCCAUUCAGCCCCCAUCUCAGGUCAAAGGCUCUGUCAUGCCUUCUGUGAUUAGAGCACAUGCUAUCAUCACCUUAGGUAAGCUGUGUUUACAGCAUGAAGACCUUGCAAAGAAGAGUAUCCCAGCCCUUGUUCGAGAGUUAGAGGUGUGUGAAGACGUAGCUGUUCGCAACAAUGUCAUCAUUGUGAUGUGUGAUCUUUGUAUCCGGUACACUGUCAUGGUAGACAAGUAUAUUCCUAAUAUCUCCAUGUGCCUGAAGGAUUCAGAUCCAUUUAUCCGAAAGCAGACACUCAUAUUACUUACCAACCUUUUGCAGGAAGAAUUUGUGAAAUGGAAGGGCUCUCUGUUCUUUCGAUUUGUCAGCACCCUGAUAGAUUCACACCCAGAUAUUGCCAGAUUUGGGGAGUUUUGCCUGGCUCACCUGUUACUGAAGAGGAACCCUGUCAUGUUCUUUCAGCAUUUCAUUGAGUGUAUUUUUCACUUUAACAAUUACGAGAAGCACGAGAAGUAUAACAAAUUCCCUCAGUCAGAGAGAGAGAAGCGGCUAUUUUCACUGAAGGGAAAGACAAACAAGGAGAGGCGAAUGAAAAUCUACAAGUUUCUUCUAGAGCACUUCACAGAUGAGCAGCGGUUCAACAUCACUUCUAAAAUCUGCCUAAGUAUUUUGGCAUGCUUCGCAGAUGGCAUCCUGCCCCUGGACAUGGAUGCCAGUGAGUUACUCUCAGAUACAUUUGAGGUCCUCAGCUCAAAGGAGAUCAAGCUUUUAGCAAUGAGAGCUAAACCAGAUAAGGAUCUCCUUAUGGAAGAAGAUGACAUGGCCUUGGCAAACGUAGUCAUGCAGGAAGCCCAGAAAAAGCUCAUCUCCCAGGUUCAGAAGAGGAAUUUCAUAGAAAAUAUCAUUCCAAUUAUCAUCUCCCUGAAAACUGUGCUGGAGAAAAAUAAGAUCCCAGCUUUGCGGGAACUUAUGAACUAUCUCAGGGAGGUGAUGCAAGAUUAUCGAGAUGAAAUCAAGGAUUUCUUUGCAGUUGACAAACAACUGGCAUCAGAGCUUGAGUAUGACAUGAAGAAGUAUAAUGAACAGCUGGCCCAGGAGCAAGAACUGGCCAAACAGGGUGCUCUGGGCUUAAACAUAAUGCCAGUUCCUUCUGGCCAAGAAAAUGCCAAUGUGUCCCCAGCCACAAGCAGGCCUUCAGCAUCUGGGUCCAGCACUGGCCACACAACCACUUUGCCUCUCACACCAGAAACCGGGCCUCUGAAGAUGUUAAUGCCCAGUGCCAGGCCCAUGUCCCUGAGUACCAUUGCAAUCCUGAAGUCUGUAAAGAAGGCUGUGGAAUCAAAGAGUAGGCAUCGCAGUCGGAGCUUAGGAGUGUUGCCUUUCACUUUAAAUUCUGGAAGCCCAGAAAACCCGUGCAGCCAUGCAUCUUCCUAUAGCUUGGAGCGAGAGUCUAAUGGAGCUAUUGACCAUGUAACUAAACGAGCAAUCAGCACUCCUGAGAAAUCCAUCAGUGAUGUCACAUUUGGAGCAGGGGUCAGUUACAUAGGAACACCACGGACUUCUUUUUCAGCCAAAGAGAAAACUGAAGCCCAGAGUCAAGGAAAUGACAUUUUGUGUUUAUCAUUGCCUGAUAAACCACCUCCCCAGCCUCAGCAGUGGAAUGUGAAGUCUCCAGCCAGGAAUAAAGACAACCCAACCCCUAGUCGGAGAUCGCUCCGAAAGAUCCCCCUGAAAACAGCCAACUGAAACAGUGUAUUCUAGUGCGUGUCCAGGAAGACAAGAGCCCAAGGGAACAUUGUUGAAUCCUGAGCAUGGAAAGGCAAAGGAAUCACUUGCUGUAUGCCUCAGGCAGUGUUUCAUUAUGUAAUACCAAAGCUUUUCCUUAGAAUCUGACCCAGCGCUGUUUGUUCACCUGUGUUUGGCUGCCCAACCUUUUAUAUUUUUCUUCAUGAUGUAUGUGGUUAAAAAAUUGUGAAAUAAUAGAGAAAUGCCAGAUUUAGAUUUUCUUAUCCUAUAAUUAAGCUAUUUAAUAUUAUAAUUUUAUCCAUCUGAAUUCAGGUCCAUUCUGAUAAGCUAUGAUCUGAUCUUUAAUGAACACAACUUGGAAAAUUUCAACUUUCUUUUAUAUGAAUUAAGCUCCUGUUAGCUUGUUUAAAUUCCUUAUAUAAAUAUUUUCCCAUGUCUAAUGACAAAAUUUCGAUUGUAAUAUUUUUUCUAUUAUUUAUAAUGCAGAUUUUUAAAAAAGUGUAUAGCUUUCUAAAAUGAACUAUAAUAAAGGUCAAGCAUAA